AUGGACCAAGACAACACUGACUGGACCAACGGCUUCUUAUCCGUUCUGGCCGAAGCCAGCCAAGCCACCCGCACUCACUGUGUGUGCCAUGCCUGGUCCAGCUGCGCGGCCUUCUGUUAUCUCACUACCUUGUAUCUCGCCAUCUGCGUCGCGCGCGUCAUUCUCCGUCUCGACGUCCCAGACUUUCCGUUUGCCAACUACAUUCGCUUCCCUCUCUUCCUCGUCGCUCAUUCAGUUGGCUGUCAACGAUUCGACUCUUUGACAUGCCCACCUUUUAAGCACGACCAGACGUUGCAACCCUCGCUCCUCCCUCCUCCACACCCCACGUCCCGUCGCAUUCCCGCUGGCGCAUCGUCUCCUUUUGGCCCCAAAAUCCGUCUGUUCCCUCCCUCCCGCGCGCGACUUGGGUUUGCCAUCCAUCUGCAUCUGUACCGGACGCUCGGUAUCAACCUAGAGCCGUGGGCGCUGCUGCGAGACAGCCCCCGAUCUCUCAAAAUUCAUCCACACAGGGGCAGCCGUCUACCCUCCAACAUCCCUCUGCGCACCAUUCAGCCGCGACAGGACCGCGAACCUUCUUCCGUCCACCAGCAUCAGCAUACCUCCGCCCGACCUUGUUCCUCCGCCGGCCCCCGUCCUGCCGCCGGCCUCUCCCGCGCCUUGUCCACCGACUCCGAAUCCUCCUGGACCGACACGGGCGACAUUGGCGACCGCUACGACGACCUCGACGACCCCGUCCGCCUACAACUCCCCGACGAGAUCGAGGCCGAGCUCCUCGCUGGCGUCCCCAAACACCGCCAGCGCCCCGAUCGAGGCUUCAAAAAGGUCCGCAUACGCAGUCCUUCGCCUGACAGUCGACAUCGGUCUCUUUCGAGUCAUUUCCACAUUGACAAGGAGGCUAUCCGCAUCCCGAACCCGCCACCACGGCUUCCCACUCGCGCAGAACGCUUCAUCGGCUCCAUCAUGGCAGGCCGAACAGGUGGCAUUCAUGGCCUGACGGGCAAGCCUCUCCUGUAUUUUACCAGCAUUUUUGUUUCGUUAGGUGUCUUUCUCUUCGGCUAUGACCAAGGUGUCAUGUCGGGCAUCAUCACCGGCCCGUACUUUAUUGACUACUUUGAUCAUCCUUCCAAGGCCGCAGUAGGGACCAUGGUUGCCAUUCUAGAAAUUGGCGCCCUGAUAUCCUCGCUCAUUGUCGGCCGUCUCGGUGAUGUCAUCGGCCGUAGAAAGACUAUCCUCUACGGCUCAUGUAUCUUCUUUGUUGGCGGCGCCCUCCAGACUCUCGCAUCCACCAUGGCCAUGAUGAUGCUUGGCCGUAUUAUUGCCGGUCUUGGCGUCGGUAUGCUGUCUACUAUUGUGCCUGUCUAUCAAUCCGAGAUCUCGCCACCGCACAACCGAGGCAAGCUCGCCUGCAUUGAGUUUUCCGGCAACAUUAUCGGCUACACAACUUCCGUAUGGGUUGACUACGGCUGUGGUUUUAUCAAGAGUAAUUUGUCAUGGCGCAUUCCCCUUCUUAUGCAGUGUGUCAUGGGCGCCUUGCUCGCUCUUGGCAGCUUGAUCAUUGUGGAGUCUCCCAGAUGGCUACUGGAUACCGACCAAGACGAAGAAGGCAUGGUUGUUAUUGCCAACCUCUAUGGUGGCGGCGAUAUUCACAGCAGCAACGCCCGCGACGAAUACAAGGAGAUCAAAAUGUCCGUCUUGUUGCAGCGUCAAGAGGGCGAGCGCACUUAUGCCGACAUGUUUCAACGAUAUCGCACUCGAGUCCUCAUCGCCAUGUCCGCUCAAGCUCUCGCGCAACUGAACGGUAUCAAUGUCAUCUCGUACUACGCGCCGUAUGUAUUUGAGUCGGCUGGCUGGGUCGGUCACGACGCAAUCCUCAUGACAGGUCUCAACGGCAUCACUUACUUCCUCUCGACCAUUCCUCCGUGGUACUUGGUUGAUCGAUGGGGCCGCCGCCCUAUUCUACUUUCUGGUGCCGUUAUGAUGGCAAUUUCACUGUCGCUCAUCUCAUACUUUAUCUACCUGGACGUCAAGCGCACCCCUCAGAUGGUUGUUUUAUUCGUCAUGAUCUACAAUGCCGCUUUCGGUUAUUCAUGGGGCCCUAUCCCCUGGUUGUACCCUCCCGAGAUUCUGCCCCUCAGCAUUCGAUCCAAGGGUGCCAGCCUUUCCACUGCUACCAACUGGGCGUUCAAUUGGUUGGUUGGUGAAAUGACUCCAAUUCUGCAGGAAUGGAUCAAGUGGCGCCUGUAUCUCAUCCACGCACUCUCUUGCGUGGUGAGUUUUGUCAUUGUCUACUUUACGUACCCAGAGACUUGCGGUGUCCGCCUCGAAGAAAUGGACUCCAUUUUUGGAGAUGCCAGCACUGUCCAUGGUGCCGCCUCUGUGCAAGAUGAGUCGGCUUCUCUGAUGCGUGCUGGCUCCCCUGUUGGUUCCGGGCUGCCCAACGUGGCUAUUGCUGAGGAUGAUGACGAUAGAAAGUCGCAGAUGCAAACUAGUGGUGGCGAUGAUCGCAGCGUCGGCGCCUGGCUCAACAGAGUGGUUAGGGGCCGUUCUGACAGCCGUGGAAGCCGUCGCAGCGGUCGCAGCGGGCUUAGUAGCCAAGGCCGCUACACACCACUUGGUCAGCAAGAUGAGCGAGCUAGGAGCGGUAGCGGGCAGAGGCGAUAG